AUGAAGUUCGGACUUAUCGCAGCUCUUGGCCUUGGCCUCGCCAGCGCCGCUCCAGCUGCUCUCCACCAGGAGGAGAGAUCCCUUGACAAGAGAUUGGGUCCAUUCGGUCUCGCCGUUGUUGGUGGUGUCGCUGCUGCCGUCAUGGGCAAGGUCAUCGAGGGGUUCCAAAAGAGCAAGCGAUCCGCACAGACUUGGGACGAUGUCCGUGGUGAUCUUCUCACCAAGCUCGUCGCUGGCCUGGAUGAUGCUGCCGAGGCAGACGAGGCCACUGCCUGUGCCCGCCGUGGUACCUUCGCCAUCAGCAACUGGUUCCAAGUGACCGACCGUGCGACUGUUGCAGCCAACACCGAUGGCGCCGAGGACUUGUUCGACUGCUUUUUCAUCAGCGGCCCAGCCACCGUCACUUUCUACGAGACGAGUGCGACCGACUUGGCCGUUAGCGCCGUCAUGGCCACGGCAAAUGCACAUCAUAUCACGAACUCACCUGUUCAGCCGGACGACGCUUCACUUGUUUGGUCGAAGCUCACAACGCCAGCAGAAGUGUACUCUUUCCACCACAUCCACUUCUUCCCACCAGCCUCGUCCUCCUCCAAUCUCCAAGAGAAGAUGCUGAUCUUCUCCCUCGCCUGUCCAGCAGCGUUGUCAUUGUGCAUCAGCAUCGUCAGCCAUAUCGUCGCUCGCUCGCGUUCCACGCUGGUGGCCACACUUUUCACAUCCGCAUACGCAUUCGGCGUGUACUCCAGGAAAUACCAUUCCCGAAGUUUCCUCAUUUGA